CGGAAGCGGCUGGACGAGCGCGCCAAGUUGCUCGCGCUCGCGCUGAAGCCAUGACCGUGGCCGGUACCGUUUUUUGCGUUCAGCGCAGCGUCUUCAAUAUGGUUCUCACCCACGGUCCACCCACUGUGGAUAUCGACGUAUCCGAGAGCAGCUGGCAGGCUAGCAGUGGCGCGCGGACCCAUUCCCAUUCUGGGGUUGCCUCCGACGGCGAAUCCGACGACGAGGCAGAUGCAGAUACGGUCAUGUUCGAGCUCCUGCCCGACAUGCUCCACAACGCCGCCCCUCCCGCAGGCGCGCGCCAGGCCAACAACGCGAAUCUGAUCGCAGACUGGAUGCAGGGAGCUGCGGCCGGCCAGCACCCGCAUGCGCUGAACGGCGCGCCGCCCGCACCCCCAUCGGAAGCGCCGUCGGGCGUGUCGUCGCUUACGACGAACAACUCGGUGUCGACGGUGGUCGACCAGGCCCAAGCCCCGGCGAGACACGGCGCGUUUGUGACCGCGGCGCUCGCGGAGAUGCGCUUGGACUACAACUAUGGUGGGGCGUACUAGCGCAACUAGUCGCACCAGGGCCAGCAGCCACCAGCAGACCGCCCGGCCUCGGGGUGGAGCUGCCACUAGCGUCCAAAACAGCCGACGAUCGCCGUUCCUGCUCCUUGUUUUCCAUAACAGUUUUCUGCUUGUUUAUGCUUUGUAUAUUGCUGUCCGUGAUGCUUGUUGGGUCCAUAUGCUGUGUCAGCCUGUCGUACAUAAUAUUGCAAUCGCACUCGCUCUCGUAGUUCAC